CAAAUUUCCACAGACUGUCUUAGGCUCGCAGAUACUGAGAUAGGAGUAUGCAGGAGUAUUGGCCCGAUCAGCAGCUGUACAAGCGCCAAUUGAAGUGCUGCAAAUGUUCAUUGAUAGCUUCUUAAAACGUGGAGUGAUUGCAAUUUUCAUUUCAUCGGACGCUGCGCAAUUGCCCGAAAGUAGGAGACCAGUCUCCUGAGUACUGGCAGGAGUUAGAGCUCUUCAAUCAAUAGCGGUGCAGUUAACAAUGCAUUGUGGAUUCCAGCCAAUGGCAGAGCGAACUGCCCUUUUUCUGGUACCCUGCAAUUGACGUGGAAUUUGUCAGAGCUCUUCCAAUUGAAUGGCACUUUCCAGUGGCUUUGCAUCUCAUGCCUACCUUCAAUCUGGGGGCCAAUAGGGAGCCAAUCUAACAAUGCCAACUGUCAGUGUACAGCGCCAGCCUUGCAGCCAAAUCGGAGCAGCGCAUUCGCGCCAAUGCCUUUCGUUAAAAGAUGCGAACUCUGCUUUAGCACAAGUGCUGUCUCGUCACCCCACGAGAGCACAAGGCACCAGUCCUUUUUAUUUGAACAGCCUGCUUUUGGCCCGCAGACGGGUGCCAUUCAUUGCCCACAGUAAGCGCCACGCAGUAAAUUCAUUGCUCGGACAACAGUACAGCACACAAGGGAAGAGGAGGGGCAACAAUUCAAUCCGCUGCAAUGCAGCUCUCUCGGUGGCGCUUCCCUUCGCCGGCGACGUUGACGCCUGGCGCCUCAUCAUUGAGCGCGCCACCGUUUUUUUUGCCAUUCUAGUUGCUCACCUCGCCGGCUCCUCACAGCCCACCUGGGGAUCCGGUUCAUCCGGCCGCUUAGCCUUCUUACCAAGUCGGAAACCUUCUCAAGAAUCGCCUCUCGUUGGCAGCGUCAGUUAUACCAGCACGGCGGACUGGGGGGCCGAUUGGGGUGACCAAUGGGGUGGCGAAACAUCAGCGGACCAAAUCGCAGAACGGCGUUCCUCCAGCGAAAGCGCCACCACCUCCGAACCGGCCCCCGUCUUCCCACCAAGGAUCUGGGGUGACAUCAGCGACAAGCUGAGGGCGCCACCUGUCGCAAGGAAAGGCGCCCUCGUCGAGACGGUCCUGGCGACGUCGCCCGAGUUGAGCGUGCAGGGGUUAGCGAGGGAACCCCGGAGGCGCCUUUUGGCGGCAGCGCUUGGGGCGCUGCGAGAGUCAGUGGAGUUGCUUCCAGAGGAGAUGGAAGAACUAGGCGUGCCAGAGUGGCGGGCGGCGAGUGAGGGCGUUUUGGUAGCGGCUGUGAGGGGGGCCAAGAGCGCAUGGCUCGAAGAGACGGACCCAGAAUUGGGGUCAAGAAAGCGAGUUAGAGAUAACCUAGGUCUGAGCGAGAACGUGGUUGAGCAGUCAGAACCACUCUUGGCUGAGGUAAAUGAGAAAGCUGUUGAGUCUAGUUGGAUGCAGAGCCUUUUAGGGCGGAAACCGGGUUUGGGAGUAACCCAAGCGGGGUUAACCCCUGUCGAGACUGAAGCGGAAAGGUCAAAGAAUGGAGCGGAAAGGCAAACCGGUGGGUCAGACGCUCGAGUGCCACAACGAGAACAGGGGUCCCGAGCAGAGUGGGGCGGAUGGGGGGCGCCAGUGUUUCGAGUUGCCGAGGAGACUGAUUCUAGUCUAGACGGAGUGCUUCAAAAGGAGUUGGCACUGAUGGGGGACAAGUUGCCGCUGUAUGAGGAGCUGCUGUUCUACCUGCGGUUCAAAAAAUGCAGGCAAGGAACGAGGUUACCUCCCGGGGCCUUCACGAAGCACGCCUCCAAAGCACUGGAAGACCUCGUGCUGGCAGUUGCCGACGCCGUUGCAUCCGACUGCAUGAGCCUCGUCGGUUACAACCCCAGGUCCGGGGUUAAGUCCCUAACCCCAGAGCUUCUUAGAUCAGAAGAGAAAGACGAGUCUGGCCAAUUUAGUGGGCGGGUUAACGAUCCGAACGAACGGGGGAACGGGUUAGAAGGCGGGUUAGCGGACGGUUUGAGGGACGACAGUCGGAAAGUAGAGCAGUUGAUGCAGCGGUUCUUGCACCCGAGGUUACGGUCGACCAGGGCUCUGGAGCGGUUUCGAAACGAGGUGUCGCUCCGACGGUUCCUCCGAACGAAGCUCGCCUCCGUCUCAGCACUGUACGAAGACCGGUACGACUUGUGGGGCCUGCGACAACAGCCGAUCGCUGGCGGCUCUGAACCUUUAGAAGUCCCCGACUCCAAAGGCAGAAGAACCAGCCCGCGAACCAGACGGAAACCUCUUGCAAGUUUUGCGGGGCUGGGCCUUCUGGGGCGGAAACGGCAGGCGGAAAUGGCGGAGGAGGAUUGGGAAGUGGUCGUCGUGGGGCGGAGCAUGCCGUGCCGACGAAUUGCGGAGCUGCGGCGGCUAGGGGGAUGGCAAUUGCGGUACAGCAUGAUCCUCGAGUUCCUAGACGUGGCCGCUCCCAUUCUCAACGGUCUCCUCAUGAAGAUGGGCGACUGGAUCUCGUUCCUUCUAGUCACUAUGAUCGGGCGGUCGCUAGGCCUCAUCUACAAGGGCAUCAAGCAAAGCUUGAGGCGUUCUUAAGAAAGCUUAACGGUUGAGGGCGAUGCCAACCGGGGCCGCCUUCAUCCGUAAGGUUUUGCAAGACUGGUAUUGAUCAAUGAGGAGGUAUCAUACUGCGCACUGUUCGCUGACUUCUGCGCUGCUUUUCACAUCUCGGUC